AGCAAGGCCUCUCCUGAUAAUUAUAUGUACAUAAUAUAUAUAUGGUGUUAAGGAAGAGGUGAUGAUGAUGAUAAUGGGGAGAAGGUGUGAAGACUGUGGGAAUCAAGCCAAGAAAGAGUGUGUGUAUAUGAGAUGCAGAACUUGCUGCAAAUCCAAAGCCUUUCAUUGCCAAACUCACAUCAAGAGCACUUGGGUUCCUGCCUAUCGAAGAUCUCAUCACCAACAACACCAACACCAAAGGCAACCGCAACCACUCUUUACUACUAGUAGUAACAUUAAACGUCUGAGAGAACUACAACGACUUCCAGAUUCUUCUCCUUCAUCAUCAUCAGGUGUACAAAUCCGCACCACUCCGGAACAUUUACUGGCAGAGUUGAAAGUUCCGGCAGAUUUUCGCUGCGUAAAAGUGAGUUCGAUCCACGACGGAAAAGAGCAAUACGCUUAUCAGACGACGGUGAACAUUGGCGGCCACAUUUUCAGAGGGAUUCUUCACGAUCAAGGACCCGACAAAGUGAUGGUAGAUCAUCAUAAUAAUAGAAAUUGUAAUAAUCGUCAAGAGACGUUACUUCCACCUUCAACUUCUUCAUAUCCAUUGAUGAUCACUAGUCAUUUUACCGAUUUCAUGUCCGGCAGCAACCAAUAUUCUUCAGUCCUAAGAAGAUAGAUAAUUUUUAAUUGGUAUACUUCUUGUAAUCUAAUGAAAUGGUGUGCUACUUCAAGUUAGGGCUCAUCACAUAUUGCUACUUCUCUCGCUCCUAUAUAUUACGUUAAUUUAUUUACAGUCAUAUAUCUAAUUAAUA